UAGUGCUAGUUGACAAAGCAAAGACACCACCACAUCAUGACAUCACUGUUACCGAAGAAGUUUGAUGGAAAUUACAUCAAUUAUUGUUGUUGACUACUUGUUUACUCCUCAGAGCUGUUUGUAUGCUCGAAAUCGAAGAGAAUGGCUUCGUUGUCUUCUCUGUCCGUUGUUUCUGAAAGCAAAUAUGAUAUCUUCGUUAGCUUCAGGGGCGUAGAUACCAGACGUGGUUUUCUUAGCCAUCUGAUUAAGGCUUUAAACCAAAAACAGAUUGAGAUCUAUGUAGACUAUAAGCUCAGAGAAGGAACCCAAAUAUCACACUCACUCCUUACAGCCAUUGAAGAAUCAGAGAUUUCCUUGAUUAUAUUCUCCCAAGAUUAUGCUUCAUCCAAGUGGUGCUUGGAUGAACUCGUUAAAAUAAUGAAGUGCAGGAAAGAGAAAGGUCAAACAGCAAUACCUAUAUUUUAUGAUGUAGAUCCAUCUUGUGUGCGACAUCAAAGGGGAAGUUAUGUCGAUGCACUUUCCGGCCAUCGGAAAACGUCAUCGGCGGCGCAGUUGCUAAUGUUGAAAGAAGCUCUCAACGAGGCUGCCAAUUUGUCUGGACUGCAUUCAUCCAACUUUGGGAGUGAUGCUGCUCUUAUUGACGAAAUUGUCAAACGCGUGUUACAAAGGUUGAAUGAAAAGUGCCAAGGAGAUUUACAAGGACUUGUCGGAAUGUAUGAACCAAUUACAGAGCUAGAAUCAUUAUUGUGCAAGGAAUGAAAAGCUGUAGUUAUUAUUGGACUUUGGGGCAUGGGUGGUAUUGGAAAGACAACUCUUGCUAGUUUUGUUUUCAAUAGGGUAUGUCAUGAAUUUGAAGGACUCUGCUUUUUAGACAAUGUAAGAGAAAAAGUCCAGAAAUA